GUUGUGUUAAAAUAGCAACGUUGCAUACACCAUUUUUAGGGGUUGGGUUUGUGAUUUCGUGAGCAGACGAAGAAUUAGUGAUUCUACUGCCUUGAUGAAUCAUCCGCUUGUCAAAGUCUGAAAUCUCACUCGUUUAACGAAUGUGGCAAUAGUUACACUACAACUACAAAUUAUUGUUUUGCACACAGUUUCAAAAACAUUGUUGACGACCGCUCAGAAAAACGAAAUGUCAGGGUUGAAAAACGUAGAAUUUGAAGAGGCCAAACUGUACAAAAAUGCAAGAGAACGAGAAAAGUAUGAUAAUAUGGCUGAUUUGUAUGCAGUUAUCAACACAAUUCAAUGUCUUGAAAAGGCAUACAUAAAAGAUUCUGUGACAGCAAAAGAGUACACAGCUGCAUGUUCCAAAUUGCUUGUUCAGUUUAAAGCUGCUUUCAAACAAGUCCAGGGAGAAGAGUUUCCAACCGUUGAGAAAUUCACUUCACAUUUUAAGCUAGAUUGCCCAGCAGCGAUGGAGAGGAUUAAGGAAGAUCGCCCAAUCACAAUAAGGGAUGACAAGGGGAACACUAGCAAAUGCAUUGCAGAUAUUGUUUCGUUAUUCAUCACAAGUAUGGAUAAACUUCGCCUGGACAUUCGAGCCAAUGAUGAACUGCAGCCAGACCUUAGAGACCUCGCUGAUACUAUGGCAAGACUUAGUUUGGUUCCUGAUGAAUUUGAAGGCAAGAAGAAGGUCAAUCAGUGGCUUCAAACCCUUUUAUCCAUGCAAGCGUCUGAUGAGCUCAGCGAAAGUCAAGUACGACAAUUACUCUUUGAUCUUGAAACUUCUUACAACGCAUUCAAUCGUCUUCUGCAUCCGUAAAUGAAAAUUCAUCUCGAUAUCGAAAUUUAAAUUCCCAUUUUUUCGCGAUUGUUUUUUAGUUAGUUUUCGUUUACCUUGAAGCAAAAUUGUAUUGAAAGCGAUUACAAGUGAAUAAGAAGAUGUA